ACGUCAGUCAUCAUUUGUCGAAAGUCGUACGUUUCUGGAAGGGCAGUCGUCCCAAAUUUGUGUAAAAUUUCCCAUUGUUUUUCCCCAAAUUUUACCAUAAGACCAUCCAGAGUGUGUGCAAUAUCAAACCCGCGGCAAUCGUCAAUCUAUCCAGUGCUUAACUAAACUUUUAGAAAUAUGAAUCCCGAAUAUGACUACUUAUUCAAACUCCUACUGAUUGGUGAUUCUGGUGUAGGAAAAUCAUGUCUUUUACUCAGAUUCGCUGAUGAUACUUACACAGAAAGUUACAUCAGCACCAUAGGAGUAGAUUUUAAAAUCAGGACUAUUGACUUAGAUGGUAAAACUAUUAAGCUACAAAUUUGGGACACUGCAGGUCAAGAGAGAUUUAGAACGAUCACAUCAAGUUAUUACAGAGGAGCACACGGUAUAAUUGUAGUUUAUGAUUGCACAGAUCAGGAUUCUUUCAAUAACGUUAAGCAGUGGCUCGAAGAAAUUGAAAGAUACGCGUGUGACAACGUGAAUAAGCUACUUGUAGGAAACAAGAGCGAUCUUACCACUAAGAAAGUUGUUGAUUUUCAAACUGCAAAGGAAUACGCAGACCAAUUAGGGAUUCCGUUCCUGGAAACGUCGGCGAAAAACGCGACGAACGUAGAACAGGCUUUCCUGACGAUGGCGGCGGAGAUUAAAAACAGGGUGGGACCGCCCUCUUCGGCGGGUGAGCAGGGCGGCAAGGUCAAGUUCGAUACUGGCCGCCCUGUCGAGAAUACCAAGUCGGGUUGUUGCUGAAACGCCCCCGCCCAGCUCCUCUCUCAUUCAAUCCCCUUUAACCAGGUUUUCUUUUCUAUUCAGUGGUUCGUUUCAUGUAUGGUUUUGGUGAUUAAACUAUCAGAAUUAUCGAACAUUUUUUGUACUACAGCAGGGAAACGUUCCACCACAACACAAUUCUUCUUCUAUUUUAGUGAAUUAUCCGUCUAAAGUAAUUAUUAUAUGUAUGUAUAGAAUUUGUUUUUCAAGUUCUCAUCUAAAUUUCGUAAGAUUUGUAAUAUAAAAAAAAUACAUUAAAAAUCUGAUUAUAGCCUAAUUGAUAAUUUUUUUAUAAUAAUAAUUAUUACACUUAUUUAUUAAUUAACUCUUAAAAGGUAAAACUACUGUGUAUAAUAAUAUCGUAGCGGAUUUUUAGGAACAAAGGGACUUCAAUAAUUAUUAGUAGCGAGGUUAGCAUAAUGUAUUUUUAUUAUUUUCUUUGUGAUCGUAUUAAUUCCAAUAUGUUGUUUUCGCUGAUCGGUCUUUGUUUUUAAAAAUGCGAACUCAUUUUUUUUUUUGUUAAUUUGUAGUUUUUAUGUUAAUUAAAAAUAUAUUUCACCUUAUGUAUUAGUACA